UCAGCGACCACACCGGCCUCACGCAGUCGUUACCCUGGUUUGAAGUAAACUGUACUGAAGUCUGAAUUAUUUUUCUGCGUAUGCGUACAAAUACUUUCGGCUUGUUUCAACUCUUCCUCUGUUUCUUCAGAUUGCUGAUAAAAAUACAGUACCGUUGCUGAACUGAAUGAUGGCAGGGGAACUCGGAUUGAAUGAUCACCACUACACGACUAUCGUGAACUUCAUGCGUUUUGCUAGCUACAAACGGACUCAGAACUUGCGUAGCGUGGAACGUUGCUUUGAAGAUCUGAAAGAUAGUAGGCUAAUUGAAGACACUUUCACUCUGGAUGAAGUUAGAGACAUGCUGGAUGGAUUAGAGGCGGUGGUUCACAGUGAAAUGGAAUUGGAACUCAUUAAUACCUCUCACACCAACGUAUUACUCCUGAGACAACUCUUUCAGCAAGCUGAAAAAUGGCACCUGAAACUACAAGCAGACAUCUCAGAGCUCGAGAACAGGGAACUCAUAGAGAUGAUAGCCAAGUUUGAGGAAAGCCAUUUCUCUGGAUCUUCUUCAUCCUCAAAGCCAACCUUUGAACUGAAGAGACUGGAUCCUAUGGAGGCAGGUGGUGUACAGCUUCUCCAAAAUGAAAUUGAGAGACUCAAUGAAGAGAAUGAUAAACUGAAAGAAAGACUGAAACAGGUGGAAUCCCAGGCUACAGGAGCCUUACAGGACAGGAGUAAAUUGGAAUCAGAUUUGAGACGCACUCAGGAUGAGCUAGGAAGUGAACGCAAUAAGAAACCGAUAGUCUCUGCUGACACUGGGGACAUGGAAGGCAAAAUGAAGGCUCUUAAAUCCCAAAUGGAGCAGAAUAUGAAGCUGACUUCUGACAGAGCAGAUUCAUUGGAAGGAGAUCUUAUUUCAUCCAAGCACAGAUUAUUGGAGAUCCAAGAACAGUUGGAAAUGAAGGAAAAGGAAUUGGAGAAGAAGUUCAGCCAGACUGGUGCAUACAAGAAUCUCAAGUCUAUGCUGUCCAAGAAGAAUGAUCAGAUCAAAGAGCUCCGUGGAAGGUUGAAGAAAUAUGAAGGAGAUGAUUAGAGCUUAACCCAAACUGAGACCUAUUGUCGUAUUUGAGUAGUGGGAGGGAAUAUGGUAGAAUUGUUACAAUGUUACUUGAAUCGAUUGUGAAACAUUGAAAUGAAAAUGGUUUUAACGGUCAUUGGUUAUUCAUUCAGGGAUGUCAGUGCAUGAAAGUUUGUUCAGAUACAGUGGGCACUCGGUAUAUAAUGUGUGGUGGGUAUGUGCCACGGAGUGGACACUCAUAUUUACACUCAAAUUUCCAUUCCAAAGCAUAGCAUUUUCUUAUUCAAGAAAAAGGAAAUCCGUUCCUAAGCUUCACAUAUUUUUAGCUAUGCUGAUCCGGCUGUAUUGAUCCGCAUCAAUGAGCUUCAUUUUUUGUGAAAAGCGGCCUGCAGAGCACUGUCCAACCCAUCUCUUCUGCGUCAGUGCAUCCGGUCCUGUGCCGCCGGGCUAGCUACAUGUACAUAUGCCCGUUUCAUGGGGAUGCAUGCGAACUCACACGCAAGCAAACCAUUCCAAGCACCCGUCUUCACAACGUAACUUCUAGUUACAGGAUUCUGUGAGAUAUUGAAAGCUACUUUGGGUUCACUAGAAAAACUAUAAGCAUACAAAAACUUUAUCUGAUAACAUCAAAUGUCCUGCAAUUUUAUUCCUCAUUACCAGAACUUGUGAGCAUUGUGACAUCAUGCCAGGAAGAAAGGAAAAUAUCAAUGCUU